AUUUUUUCAUAGUGUUCGGACCUGGACUCGCAAAUCCAGCCUGUGCUAUCCCCGAUCUCACCCCCUCGACAGCGACCAGCGAGUGAGUCCUCGCUCGAAGGUGUGGACCAGAACACCGACCCGCUCACCAACGCACGUCCGAUAUGGCGCAACACAUCACACGACUGGAAUUCCUGGCGCCCCAGCCUCGCGGGCGUCCGACCGACCGACUCGUGGUUCAGGUCUCGCAGCUUCUCGAGUCCGCCUAUGGCUCGUAUGUCUGGCCGUCCGCCCUGGUCCUGGCAGCCUAUAUCCAAGCGCACUCGCAGCAGUUUGAGCACGCACGGGUGAUCGAGCUUGGGUGCGGGACGGGCAUGGCGGGCAUUGCGGCGGCGCUCUGCGGGGCCUCGCAUGUCGUGCUGACGGACCUGCCCGAUCCGCCUGUGCUCAAGAACGUGGCCAAGAACAGGAGCCUCAACGGCCUUGACGAGACAGCGGUGCGGAUUGUGCCGCUGCAAUGGGGCACUUAUAGCUUUCUCGAGCAUCACUGGGCCGACAUGGUCGAUGCGGAUUUCAUCUUGGGGGCGGAUCUGUUUUACGACUCGAGCGAUUUUGACGACCUGCUCGCGACGGUGGCUUACCUCAUGGGCGAAGCGCAAACCAGAGCUGGCCGGCGAUGCGUAUUCUUGACGACGUACCAGGAGCGGAGCUCGAGACGCUGCAUCCAGUCGCAGCUGGAACGAUACGGCCUGGUGGGUCAAGUGGUGCCGCUGGAGAGCUUUGGAUUCGACCCUGACCACAUCCGGACCGCCGUGGUUGAGCGCAACGGCCGAGCUGGAGACGAGGAAGCAGACGAGGAAGCCGCGGAUGAAGAUGAUGAGGAAGAUGAUGAGGAAGAUGAGGAAAGAAAUGGUCGUCUUCCCGAUUCUGUUGAUAGCGUCAUACUCCUGAGAAUACAGCAGCGCGGCGAGCGAAUCUAGCACCAGCGCGAUCGAUCGAGCCCGUAGGCAAAUGCAGUGG